AUGAUCAGCAUAUCAGGAUUAUCUUUGUUGAUUGAAAAUGCCUUUUUAUUUUUUAAUCUAUUAGAUUUAUUACAAUCUUUGUCUUAAUAACCAUUACCCCUUCAUUUCAUUUCAUUUUUAAAAACUUAUUCCAAUAUAUCUUUAAAUAAAUUAAUUUUAUUUGAUGAAUGCCAAAAGUUAUUAUUUCUCUAUUUUUGGUUCAAUAUUAACAUUAUUUAUAAGAAGCUUUAGUUACAUUUUAUAGUGUUAGCUUCAAUUCUCAACUUAUUAUUUUUAAUAGCAUUAAUGCAAUAAUUGGAUUAGAAUUAAAUUUAUUUAUAUGUUUACAAUCGCAUCCUCUAAUUUCAAAUUUAAAUAGAAAUAGAAAUAUUUUUAUCCAAAUUCUAAAAAUUAGUUUUAGGCUUUUUGGAUCCUUUUAAAAUUAUCGAAUUAUGUUUUACAUAUUUAUUAUUGUUUAAGCACUAAACUUUCCAGAAAUAUAAUCAAUAUUACUCUCUAUAUACUCUUUUUUCUAUUUAAGAUAUCUAAUCAAAUCUAGAACUUUAUAGUCUAAUUAUGAAUAUGCCAAACUUAUACAGGGUUGUUCAUAAUUUAUAGUUUUGA